AUGAUUCAAGGAAUGAUAUCGGCAUGGAUAACAACCGAAUACGGCAUAACAUUACCGGAAUUUAAUUCUCAGCAUACAGAGGGCCGAGUUGAUUGCUGGAUACCCUCCAUCCAGGGCAUGAAUUUUUGUAUAAAUUGGCACUCGCUCAAUCCAUCUUCCUUUGGGCUCCGAGGCGAUAUAUGGCUGGAUGGUGUCCCAGUUGGCGGAGGUCUUCUCUUGCCCAACGAAACAAGGGGAAUCAAAAUGACAGGAUACGCAGCAGGCAGCAAUGCCGAAAGGCCCUAUCACUUUGGGAAACAACAGCUGACUGACGAUGAUGACCUUUCAUCCCCCGACGACCCUCGUCUCUCCGAACUCAACACAAUUAGGAUCUUAUUGGAUUGGGUCUAUGUGACUGAAGAACGGGCUCAGCAUCAGCCUACCGGUCCUCCUCCGAACUUGGGGCCCAUUCACGAAAAGGCGGCCAAGAAGGCUCAUGGGGAUUCCGCUGGUUUGGGAGCAGUUCGUCCAAGCGCAGCGAGGCAGUGGUACACUACUCAAAGCAUUGGGAUGAAAAAGACAAUGUUGGUGUUUCACUAUGCACCUGAAGAUUGGUUAAUGGCCAAGAAGAUCAUUACUGGUCCGUUGAACCUUAAACUCCGACCGCCACCACCUACCAUACCUUCCCGUCCCCCCAAACACGAAGAGAAAAAGCGAAGGGACCGUGUUGAUUGGCUUGGUCCGCCCCCUUUGGGCACUUCGUCCGGAUCGUCGGGUGUCUCUUCCAGCUCUUCUGGUUCUUCGCUCGGUUCCGUGGGUGCUUCUACUUCAACGCAGACGACAUCCAACCCCUCAGCGACGCGCAAACGUGCUCGGUAUUCCGAAACACCUGAACUGCGGAUCUAUAACGGAGAUGAAAGCGAUGACGACGAAAUUCAGGAAAUUAUCAACCCCUCACCAAAACGCCCCAAAAACGUAAAGUACGAACAAUUCGAACCUCCCUCGGGGUCAUUUGUUGACGGAGAGCUUCUUCCUAACUCUGUGCAAGCCUCUGACGCACCACAAAGCACCGAUGGAGAAAUGUAUCAUGAAUACGAAUACAAGGAGCCCAAAGCAGGGUAUAAAGAUUAUCCUCCCGCUAUUGGCAGGUGCUGGAUCGAGUCCAAACAAUCUCAAAGGUUCCGUAUCUGCUGGCGUUUUACGGGGAAAACCCAUUAUUGUUUAAAAUCUUCCAUCUGGUUAGAUGGAGUCCGAGUCAGCGGCGGCCUACUGAGAGACCAUGAAGUCCACCAGACGUUUCGAAUGUCAGGAUGCGCAAUCGAGAGUAAGAAACGAUUGCCGUUUGUCUUUGGAAAGCAACAACUGACUGAUGAUGAGUCGAGUUCAAGCAACUUGACCAACGCGGAAGACCUCAAUACCAUCCGACUAAGAUUCGAAUACGUCACUUUUUUGGAAUACACUACAACGCCACCAUCGCCGCCUAGAACAAGAGGAGCCAUCCACGAAACGAUUGCUAAAACCGCUACAGGGGAUUCUGCCGGUCUUGGUGAUCCAACUCCGUCUCCUCAGCGAAGAUGGUGCAAGACCGAAAAGGUUCCUGGACUUGCGCCGGUGCUGUUUAUUUUUCAUUAUGCACCUUAUGAAUGGCUAUUGGCUAGGGGAAUUGUUAGUGGACCGAACCCCAGGUCACCCCAGAAGAGAAAGGCCGCAGAGAAGAGUGAGAAGGCUGUUGACCAUCCCAUGACGCCCCAGAAUCAUAAAAAUACACUCCAAGAACUAUUAACAUACAAUUCGACCUCGGAUUCUGAUUCUGAUGUGGUCAUAGUCGAUGAGUCUAACUCCGCGAAACCUAAGUCCAGUAGUACCAAACCACCUAGUAAACGGAGACGAGGUGAAUCUGACCAGUCGAACCCGACCAGCACUAUUGGUACCACUCCCUCAAAACCUGAUCAACUUAAAACACAGCCAAAAUCAAAGUUGGAACAAACCGUGGAUGUAAUUGAUCUAGCGAGCAGUGACGACGACUUUGAGCUGGUCUCCUCCCAUCCCUUCCCCUCGACCUCGACUACAGGCAUGGCAGCUGUCAAGGAAAUUCAUGACGCGUACGACACCAUUCUCAUCCUAGAUUUUGGUUCGCAAUAUAGCCACCUUAUUACUCGACGAUGCCGUGAACACAAUGUUUACGCGGAGCUUAUGCCUUGUACACAAAAGAUCAAGGAGCUCAAGUGGAAACCCAAGGGUAUCAUUCUCUCCGGUUCCCCCUAUUCCGUGUAUGAUGAGGGCUCUCCGCACGUUGAUCCAGAUGUGUUUGAGUUGGGUGUACCUGUAUUCGGUAUCUGCUACGGUCUCCAAGAAAUUGCCCAAGUCUUUGGAGGAAAGGUUGAACCCCAUACACACCGUGAAUAUGGAUUUGCCGAAGUCGAAGUAUUGGAGGUUCCAAGUUCCAAUACCAACCCGCUCGCGAAUAAGCUCUUUGCUGGAUUCGGAUCCUCACUUAAAGUAUGGAUGUCCCACGGAGACCAGAUCGCGGAUAAACCACCUUCUUUUGAUAUUAUUGGAAAGACCCCCACUGCACCGUUUGCUGCUAUUGUUCAUCACACCAAGCCAAUUUUCGGCGUACAGUUCCACCCAGAGGUUACCCACAGUGAUCGUGGAAAGGAGGUUAUUGGACACUUUAUCCUUGAUGUGUGCGAGUGCAGGGCGAACUGGACUAUGGAAACCUUUAUUGGAAAAGAAAUUGCUAGGAUUCGGGAGAUAUGUGGGCCCAAGGGACGUGUUAUUGGCGCUGUAAGCGGUGGUGUGGAUAGUUCCGUUGCAGCGAAGCUCAUGCACGAGGCUAUUGGCGACCGCUUCCAAGCCGUUCUCGUCGAUAAUGGCGUUCUCCGAGAAAAUGAAGCCCAGCAAGUACACGAAAUGCUUUCCGAACAUCUUGGAGUAAACCUUAAAGUUGUUGAUGCGUCUGAGCUCUUCCUCUCUCGCUUGGCGGGUAUUGAAGACCCCGAACAAAAGCGUAAAAUCAUCGGGAACACAUUCAUCAACGUGUUUGAAGAGGAAGGUGCAAAGCUUGAGGCUGAAGCAGAAGAGGAAUUGAGACUGAAGCCAGAGGGAGAAGCCAAAGGCAAAUAUGAAUGGCUACUCCAAGGAACUCUUUACCCGGACGUAAUCGAAAGUAUCAGCUUCAAGGGGCCUAGUGCAACGAUCAAGACGCAUCAUAAUGUUGGCGGAUUAUUGGCCGACAUGAAGUUGAAGUUGAUCGAGCCUUUGCGUGAACUUUUCAAAGACGAGGUUCGCGCUCUUGGCCGCCUCCUCAACAUACCAGAUCACCUAGUAAAUAGGCAUCCCUUCCCUGGACCUGGCCUUGCGAUCCGUAUCCUUGGCCCCAUCACUCGCUCGCAAGUUCAAAUCGCCCAACGUGCCGAUACUAUCUACCUUGAGGAGGUAAGGAAGGCAGGGUUGUACGGCCAGAUUGCCCAGGCCUUUGCCGUCCUUUUGCCGGUACGCGCCGUGGGUGUAAUGGGCGACAAGCGAACCUAUGAGCAAGUAAUUGCACUGCGAGCUGUUCAGACUGAGGACUUUAUGACUGCUGACUGGUUUGAUUUCCCACCUGCGGUACUUCGGAAGAUUUCAUCUCGUAUCACUAACGAGAUCGCGGGUGUGAACCGGGUUGUUUACGAUGUCUCCUCCAAGCCACCGGGUACUGUCGAGUGGUUGUAA